AUGUGGAGUCAGAGUCACCACGUUUUAAUUGCUUCCUUCCCUACUCUUUGUAUUCUUCGAUACAACCUUCUUCGUUUUUCUUUUAUUAAUCUACCCUUUCUUUCCUCACGACCUGCUUCAUUCUUUCUUUUCUUCGAUACAGCCUUCUUCGUUUCUCAUUCGUUACCCAAUCCUUUCUUUCAUCAAUACUUCUUUUCCCCCUUCCUUUUAUUCAAUACAACCUUCUUCUUUUCUUUAUCUUUCUCUCGGCUAGAAUUUCUUCUUCUUUUUCUUUUUCUUUUUUCUUCUUCUUUUCUUCUUUUUCUUUUUCCUUUUCUUCUUUUUUUUUUUUUCUUCUUUUUCUUUUCUUUUUUUCUUUUUCUUCUUUUUUUUCUUUUUUCUUUUUCUUUUUUUUUUUCUUUUCUUUUCUUUUUUUUUUUUUCUUUUUUUUUUUUUUGUUUUUCUUUUUUUCUUUUUCUUUCUUUUUCUUCUUUCUUUCUUUCUUUCUUUCUUUCUUUCUUUCUUUCUUUAACUUUAGACCUUUCCUUUAGGCUUACUUUCUUCCUAGCUGAUUUUAUCGCUUAUAAAAUACUUCUCAUAUCUUGUUCCCAUAUUGCUUAA